AUGGCUACAACAUUUCCAAAGGAGCCUCUUCUGGCUAUUCUGGGCACAACUGGUACAGGGAAAUCAGAUCUUGCGGUAGAUUUGGCACUUAAGUUCAACGGCGAAGUUAUUAACGCCGAUGCUAUGCAGAUGUACAAGGGUCUGCCAAUUAUCACAAAUCAACUCACGCCAGAGGAGCAAAAAGGUGUCCCACACCAUUUACUAGGAACAGUUGACCCUAAUGAGCCGACUUGGAAUGUCGAAGUCUUCGCACGUGAGGCAACUAGAAUUAUUCAUGAGGUCCGGAGUAGAGGCAAGCUUCCUAUCGUAGUAGGCGGUACACACUAUUAUAUUCAUGCCCUACUAUUCGAAGAUAGUUUAAUUAGCAUGAAAGGCGUUAACGAUGAUAUUCUGAGUCACCGGCCCCAAGAAGAAAACAUAACACAAUUUCCAAUCUUGGAUGGGCCCACCGAUGUCAUGUUUAAACGCCUUCGAGAGGUAGACCCAGACGCGGCAGAUCGGUGGCACCCUGAGGAUCGACGUAAGAUCAGGCGUUCCCUCGAAAUAUUUCUAACUACGGGAAGACGGGCAUCGGAUAUCUACACUGAGCAGAAGCAAGCAAAGGCAUUGUCCAUCCAAACGAGACGUCCUUGGCAGUCGUUAAUGUUUUGGGUAUACACCGAGCCCGAGAGGCUGAAGGAACGUCUUAACAAGAGAGUGGAUAAAAUGUAUAAAAAUGGAUUGAUGGAUGAGGUGAAACUUUUGCACGAAAGCAGGCGAGUGCGAUCCGAGCAUGGCGAAACCGUAGAUCUCACACGUGGAGUAUGGCAAUCCAUAGGAUAUAAGCAGAUGGAGUCUUUCCUCGAGGCUGAGCGAAACGAGACGAGCUCAAAUGAGGCAGAUCAACUAAAAUUAGCUGGACUGGAAGACAUAAAAACCGCGACGAGACAAUACGCAAAAUAUCAAUUGCGAUGGAUCCGACAUAAAACCAUCCCUGCAUUGAAAGAUUACGAGGCAAUGGAUUUUCUGUUCCUAUUAGACAGCUCUAACGCUGAUAAUUUCUCUAUUGGUGUUCUUGAGCCAGCUUCGAGAAUAUGCCUAGAGUUCUUAAAUGGCCAUGGUUUAGCCAAACCAAUUGAGAUGUCAAACACGGCACGCGAAGUCUUGAUGGCUUACGACGACGAUAAUUCGCCACCAAAAACAACAUUUAAAGUCAAGACUUGCGAUCUCUGCAAUGUCUCUCUCCAGUCAGAAGAUCAGUGGCAGAAGCAUAUUAAGGGGCGAAGACACUAUCGUGCUGUUCGGAGUAAGAAGUGGACUGCGCUCAUUCCCCUUGAUUCAGAGAAGCAAAGUUGA